AUGAGGAAACUGGUUGUGCAUGUCGGAUAUCGGGAUUAUGCAUGUAAUGAAAGCGGAACCGAAACGAAAGAAAGGACAAGACAUAGGUGGGAGAAUGACUCUAUUCGGCAGAAACUGCGAAAUGAAAAGAAAGAAGAAAUCAAGGAAAUUAGUGAAAAGGUAGCCCAACUUAAAACAAAGAAUAAAGGAGCAAGCUACAGGAUGGAGACCUGGCAGAAACUGCGAAAUGAAAAGAAAGAAGAAAUCAAGGAAAUUAGUGAAAAGGUAGCCCAACUUAAAACAAAGAAUAAAGGAGCAAGCUACAGGAUGGAGACCUGGCAGAAACUGCGAAAUGAAAAGAAAGAAGAAAUCAAGGAAAUUAGUGAAAAGGUAGCCCAACUUAAAACAAAGAAUAAAGGAGCAAGCUACAGGAUGGAGACCUGUAAAAGUGAAUUUCGUUUACAUGAGGAUGACUGGGACACUUUUAUUGAAAGGCCCGUGCAUCCUUGUGAAUCGAACCUGCACCUGGAGACAAAGGACACCGCGGGAGAAAAGACACGGCCUAAUAAACAGCGAUCAAGAAGGCCAGGACAAAAGGAAGACCUCGUUGCUGGAUAA